UGGCGUUUGAUGGAGAAGACGUUAUUGCGGUGGACUUUUCCUGUUUUUUUAAUCCAUGCGUACGCGUACACAUAUAAAUCGCGUAAUAGACUAAACAUCGUUGACAAUUGUUUGUAUCUGGACACAUUAGUCUAAACGCACAUUGACGCAGUCUCGGGUUAGCUUAGCGUGCUAGCUGCUAACAAAGAGACGUGGAAGUUAUCAACACGUUGUUAAGCAGAGAGAAAGUGUUUUGAUUGUAUGAAAAUGUGCGAAAGAACGACAGCAGAGUACGAGGAGGAACUUUCUCCAACAAAAGAGGACAACGGGCGACAUCAUCAACUAUUGGACAUUGUUUUCAAGAAGCAUCAAGUUGUGUUACACAGAACAGACGUCAGUGAAGAACAUCUUCACCCUGAGCAGCAGGAGUGGAGCUCUGGGAUGAAGCAGAAGGAGCCACAGCCCCCCUACAUUAAAAAGGAAGAGGAGGAGCCACAGCCCCCCCACUUUAAGGUGGGGCAGAAGGAGCCACGUCCCCCCCACAUUAAAGAAGAAGCAGAGGAGCCACAGCCCCCUCACAUUAAGGAGGAAGCGGAGGAGCCACAGCCCCUCCACAUUAAAGAGGAAGAGGAGGAUUACAGAAUCAGUGAGGAGUUCCCAGUGAUUGGUGUCCCUGUGAAGAGUGAAGAUGAUGAAGAAAAAGGUCAAAGUGAGGAGAAGAGAGAGGUGGAGCCUCCAAGCAGCAGCUCAACUCAACACAUGACAAUAGAAGCUGAUGAAGACCACUGUGGAGGAUCACAAGCAGACAACCUCUUAGCUCCACUAUCAGAUAGUGACGACACAACGUCGCACUCUCCUGACACUGAUGAUGAAGACGCUAAAGCUGAUAAGACAUGUCAAACUUACAACACACACUUUAAAUGCUCUCAAUGUUGCAAAACAUUUAAUGACCGUAGUAAUCUGAAAAUGCACAUGAGAAUACACACAGGAGAAAAACCAUACAUCUGUUCAGUGUGUGGUAAAAGUUUCACUCAGAAAUCAAGUCUGACAGCACACACGAGAACGCACACUGGAGAGAAACCCUUUAGUUGCUCAGUUUGUGGCAUAACAUUCGCUCAAAAGUUUUCAAUUGUGUCACACAUGAGAAUACACACCGGAGAAAAACCCUUUUGUUGUUCAGUUUGUGGUAAACAAUUCUCCCACAACAGUAGCAUGGUUAAACACAUGAGAACACACACAGGAGAGAAACCCUUUAGUUGUUCAGUUUGUGGUAAAAGCUUCACUGUGAAGGUAAACAUGGUGUCGCACAUGAGAACGCACACCGGAGAAAAACCCUUUAGAUGCUCAGUUUGUGGGGAACGAUUCUCCCGAAAGUCAAACAUGGCAUCACACAUGAUAACGCACACGGGAGAAAAGCCUUUUAGUUGCUCAGCUUGUGGUAAACGAUUUUACGACAAAAGUAGCAUGGUAAAACAUAUGAUAACGCACACGGGAGAGAAACCUUUUAGCUGUACACUUUGUGGUAAAAGUUACUCGUAUAAGACAAGUUUGACAGCACACAUGUUGACACACAACAGAGAAUAAACAUUUUCCUUUGCAGUCUGUGCUAAAAGAAUGUCAAAUCAUAGAAGUCACACAGUGAUGAGCUGCUGUGUGUAAACCACCAAAUUCCCUCAUGACUUCCACAUUUGUGUGCAGCCAUGUUGAUACACAUUGUAACAAGCUGAGAGGAACAUCAAUGUCUGAUAAAAUGCUGCUUGUCUGAAAAUGUGCCUCAUUUUCUUUUAUUUAAAUAUGUCAAUUAUAAAAACCUGCAUAAAACCCUCCACAAUGAAGCCCAACCCCUGACAAGGGACCGACCCAAGAAGGCAGAGCUUGGAUUCACUCCUAUGUUGCCUGGCAACACUUCUCCUUCCUGUUGAAACCUGCAUGGGAGUCCAAAGUAUGGCCUCGGGCCAUCUGUGGAAUGAAAAUUAAAUUCCUCGGGCACGGCCCAUUUUUUUAGGUCUGUUUUCAGUGAAGGAUGUCAACUUGCCACAUGACUUUGCUUGAGAGCGUGUCCUUUUUAUUGUCCUCUGGUCUGGUGAGCAGCAGCGAUCUUUCUCUGCUUUCAACUUUGUUCAGCAGGAACUGGAUGAGCUCAAGCACCCUCCAUUCACCACUGAAGUCAGUUGUGCGUGUGUAGGCCAAGGUCUCAUUGUGAUGAAUGGCAGUUUCAUGCUGUGACCAAAAUCCUAUAAAAUCAUAUUUAUUGAUUUAUGGUUAUAGAAACUUACAGAGCAGGAGAAAACCUUUCUUCAUCAGUGCUUGAAUACAAUCAAGUUCAAAUACAGCACAUGCAGCGUUCACGUCCUGUUAACCAGCUUCAAAAUAAAACACACUUCUUUUUCAAAUAACUACCAUUAGCUGGUUUCCCAUAUCUUUUCACCACAAAUAUUUCUAGAGCUCUUUUAAUGUAAACCAAAACUAAAUAAUUCCCUGCCUGUUUUAAAAACUUAACUCAAAAUAGUCACAACAGAACACGAAUAAGGUUUUUCUCUGGUGUGUAUUCUCAUGUGCCUUUUUAAAACGCUAUUUUGUCCAAAACCUGUACCACACACUGAACAGGAAAAUGGUUUCUCACCAGUGUGUACUCUCAUGUGUCGCACAAGGCUCGUUUGGUAUAAAUAGCCUUUGCUGCAGCUUGGACAGGAAUAUGGUUUGUCUCCAGUGUGUAUUGUCAUGUGUCUUUUUAAAUGACCUUGUUGUGCAAAACCUGUACCACACACCAAACAGGUAUAUGGUUUCUCACCAGUGUGUACUCUUAUGUGUUUUUUAAGGUUGGAUUGGUCAUGAAAGCUUCUGUUGCAGACUGAACAUGAAUAUGGUUUUUCUCCAGUGUGUAUUCUCAUGUGUUUUUUAAGGUUUGUUUGGUUCCGAAAGCAUUUGCUGCAGUUAGAACAUGAAUAUGGUUUUUCUUCAGUGUGUAUUCUCAUGUGUUGUUUCAAAUGACUAUUUCGACCAAAACCUGUACCACACACUGAACAGGAGAAGGGUUUCUCACCAGUGUGUAUUCUCAUGUGUUUUUUAAGGUUUGUUCGGUAAUGAAAGCUUUUGCUGCAACUAGGACAUGAAUAUGGUUUUUCUUCUUCGGGGUGUAUUGUCAUGUGUUGUUUCAAAUGACCAUUUCGUGCAAAACCUGUACCACACACUGAACAGAUAAAUGGUUUCU